AUGUCAUUCGAUUCUCUAAAGUAUGAGUCGCCGAGAAGUUCCCGGUUCUUUGACCAAUCCAGCCUACCAGAUAUGAAAAAUUAUGUACAUAUUCAAUCUUCCAAUGGUAAUAGACAAACGUUGAUAAAUAAUCAACUGUCUAACGUAAAUUAUAACCCAUAUUCAUAUCCACAGCAGAAGACUAAACUGAAUUUGCCGGUAGAUUUCUUCCAUCUUCAGAACAGGAUUACAAUUGAACAGCCAUCGCUGGGGAAUGAUCCAAUGAGUAAUGCGAUCCCAUCUAUUGAACUUAAUCAAGAACAGUACUUAAAUCCAAUAAAAUUUAUAGAAAGUAUAAGUGAGUUGGGAAAAAAAUAUGGAGCUGUGAAGGUGAUACCCCCGAAGUCCAUACUGUCGACCAAACCAGUGACAGCACCUAUUCCUUCACCUCCUCUUCCUACUGCUACUCCUAGUACAUCCACUGCAUCCUCCGUUCCCCCGGCUCCAGCCUCUUCCUCAUCCUCAAAUUCGAGCACAAGAAAUUUUGAUGAAACAUCGUUUAAAUCGAAUUUUCAGAUAAAUGCUGAUUUAUUUUGGUUUCAAACAAACAGGUUAUUGAAUAAUCCAGAUGGCGAUGAGUUGGAUAACAGGCUAAAGUUUCAUCAGCAAUUAAUUAAAUUUCACUUGCUUAAUUUGAAGUCAGAAAGUAGUCCUAGCCCAAGUUUGUCAAACCUGAGUGCUGUUAUGAGAGGUGAACCAUUCUCAGCGGAAGUACUGAAAAAUCAGCUGCCUGCUCCAAUUGGUGUAGUACAGCACGAUAGCACUGAAGUAAAAUCUUCUACUGAUACUUCCAUGAGUGAUGAACACCUCGGUUCAGUAAAACUAGAAGUAGAAGAGCGUAACGGAACGCUUUCUAGAAAUAGUGGGACGCCAAUAAAUGCUACCGCUAAAUCUGGACCCCCAGCUGAAGAAAAGAUCGGUGUAGUUGAAGACAAAGAAAAUAUGGCAAAAUCUGAAAUACCUCUGGCGAUUACGGAAGACAAUUCGAGCCCGGCAUCGACCAGGAAUGACCAUUCCAUAGAAAAGCAUAUUGAAAACGGAAAUAACUCAGCUGAAAUCAUAAAUUCACGUAGCGUUGAAUCAAAUAUAGAGCCUGAGACAAAAUUGGAAGACAAAGUUGGAGUUGGUCUAGUUCUGUUGAAAGAGGAACCAAUUGAAAGUGCUUCUAAUAGUAUUCCUGGAAAAAAUGGAACCUCCUUAGUGCAAAUAAUAGCACCCACUGCAGUGCCUGCUGGUCAGAUUGCUUCAGAACAGGCGCUAGAUUCCUCAAUUCCUUCACCACUGACCCAACUGCCCAAGCCUAAAAAAAAUCAGCUACCAUCUUUCCUAAAUAAACUUCCGAUGAUUGACAAACGCCCGCUCGACUUAUAUAAACUUUUCCGUUCAGUUUUAAUGAGAGGAGGGUUUGUUGAAGUGAUCAACAAGAAACUUUGGGCUCAAAUUGGUCGUGAAUUGGGAUAUCGUGGUAAAAUUAUGACAAGUUUGAGUAGCUCUCUUAAGUCUUCAUAUAUGAAAAUACUUUAUCCCUUUGAGACGUACUUAGGAAGAAAGAAGUUUGACUUUCUAGGUAAAAAGAACGAAGUUGAAGAAGAGGAAACGGAGGAAAUUAAACCACUCACCAAGAAGCGUCAAUUCAACAGUGAUACUCCCCUAAUCAUAGGAUCGCUGAAGACAUUUAAACGUUCAGUAAGGUUGAAGGUUGACAAGGGUUUCUUACUAAACUCGCCCCACUUGACGGAUGUUAAACAACCAAAUACCAUUUCCAGCAAGAGAGUGGCACAGGAAGAAGAAUCACCUGCUCCAGUAUCCCCAGGAGCGUUAGCAAACUUAUCAUCCAAUUCAAGUAAACAAAAUCUCAAAAGGAAAAGAUCGAAGCCUGCUCCGAAUUCUAAUUCAGAUCAGUGUAUUCCAAUAACUGCUCAAGCACAGCUAAACCAAUCCCUACAGGCAUUGAUCGAAAAUUCUGGUGUUCAAGAUGCACUGCAGACGACAUCCAAUGGUAAAUUCUCUUCAGUAUACACGCUAAGACAAUUUAUGGAAAAGGAUUUAAAAUUUCAAGAAUUUUUAAUACAAAAGAAUAUUUCCUGUUUCAAUAAGGUUCCAUUAAAUGGUUCUUCUAUUAAUGGAAAUGCUGGUACUUUAUCGACUCCAUCAAGUCCUUCAUCUGUGCCUUCUUCCAAAUUUUCAUACUUUAACUCUAUGGAAGUCAAGGAAACAAAUUUGGUUGAGAAAGAAGCCAAAUCGAUUCCGCCUCCUACUCCAUCUAAUUCUGUUUCGGUAGAAAAAAAUGUGAUACCGAUCGACAAAUUAGAAGAAAUGUACUGGAAAUUUGUAUCAAACUCACCGAGUGAAGGAGGUGACUUCGAUGUACUUCAGGAAGGCUUAGAGCUUGAAAAUGGAGUUUGUCUACCUAGUUUGGUAAAUGGGUCUGGAUUCGUUCGUUUAGGUGAUGAUUUGUUGAAUUACAAAAAUAUUCUUGUAAACGUCACUCAACCUUCAGUUUCACAAGCUGCACUUCCCACUUCAGCUGUUUCUGCUAUUGCUACACCAAGUACUAACGGUUCAGCUGCUAGUAGCAUUGCUAAUUCUACUUCACAUUCUACUACAGCCACUUCUGCUGUUGAUAAUUCAAUGCAGAAUGGAAUUAAGUCGAGCUCCCUCCCCAACACAUCGGCAACGUCUACUAGUAGUGGCUUUGAUGGCUCAUACUACAAUUCUUCAGACUAUUGUGCAAAAAUGAUAAAGUCCUCAUUGAACCCUUGGAAUUUGCACAAUUUACCAAUUCUCCCAAAUUCCUUACUUGGUGUCCUUGGAUCAGAUGACAUUCACAAUCAAGACUUGUACACGCCCACUUUGAACAUUGGAAUGACAUUUAGUACUGAAAAUUGGAGAGCAGAAGAUCAUUUGACUCAGCUCAUUAAUUACCAAUUUUUUGGUGGAUACAAGAAAUGGUACUUCAUUCCUGAGCUGGAAUUUGAAAAUUUUGAAAAUUUGAUUUCAGAAAUAAAUUCUAAAGAAACUCGAAUUCAUGUUAACAAUAAUGAAUGGAAUUACGACAAUUUAAUGAAGUAUUUCAGCGGUCAGGCCGAUUGCAAUAAUAUUGAAACUGAAGCUUUGAUCAGCUCAUUGGAAAAUAUGAUUCCUCCAUAUCUGGACAGUAUCAGGUUGAAGCACACCAAUGAAAAGUUUCAGGAAUUGAUUGACAUUCAGCGUAAGAAGAGAUCUCAAAACUCAGUAAUCACAUUAAACCAAGAUUGUUUCAUAAAUCCGCUGAUUUUAGACAAACACGGGAUUAGGUAUAACUAUACAAUACAAAAACCUGGUGAGUUCAUUAUUAAGUUUCCCAAAACUUAUUCUUCUACAAUUUCCUUUGGAUUGAACUUAAGUGAGGAGGUAAACUUUGCGACUUCGAAUUGGCUCGAUUAUGCCAUUGAGGGCGAGAAAUGGAUAAACAAACAGCUAUUGUUGCCUAAUUUCCUGACGUUCAAAAUGCUUGUCAACUUUGCUCAAUUACAAGAAAGUCACCAUAGUAAUCAAAAAAUAUACUUUGAUCUGGAAGUCUACAGCAAAGCGCUGGAAGUAUUUGGCAAGUUGUAUACUGAAGAAAUUGAACUAAGAGAAAAAGUCAGAAGUGCUACUAGAAACAUCAAAGAAAUUGUUGAUGAAAAACUCUUCGUGGAUGGGGACUCAAUUAGUGAUGAUGAUUUACAGAAUGUAUUGCCAUCGAAAAUCUUAAUUAGCUCUCCGACUGAGUCUAUUAUUCUUUCACUUUCAAGAUAUUUAGAAUGUAAAGAUUUUUUGAAUAACUUUAAGGUCGAGUUACACUUAUUUUGCUCUGAUGACAAAUUAAGGCAUUUUGAUAAAAUUCUAAGGGAAUAUUCGGUAGACUUUGGCUCUUGGACCGCUAAAUAUGAAGAAGCAAUGAAAGAAAACGUUCUUCUCCCAAUUAAGUCUUUGAAAGGGCUUCUUGCAGAUGGAGAGAAAAUAUUGUCUGCAACUUCUGCUGCUUUUUUCAAUAAAACUGGUGACGAAAACAGCCCUGAAUAUAUUAAAUUUGUCGGAUAUGUUGAAAACUUGCGAAGUUUUGUUGAAGUAGCUAAUGAAUUUGUGGAAGAAUGUCAAAAGGUAUUAUCUGUUAAGCAUCAGCAAAGGAUAAGGGGAAAGAGGACCGGCAAUGCAUCUCUCAGCUACUCUGAGUCUGAGAAACCUCAAUCGGAUGAAACUCUUCAAAAGUUAGUUUGCUUACUUGACCAGAUUCCGACUUUAAACUUUGUAUGUCCUGAGGCAGACCAAAUCUUAGAACUAAAAACUGAAAUUGAAAAUUUCGAAAGAGCAAGUCGUAGUUUCUUGAAAGCGGGUAGUAAAAACUCAAUUCAAGAAUUCGAUGAUCUCAUUUCCUUGGGUGAAUCCUUUGGAGUUAAUUUACCGACCUUAUCAUUCUUGACAAGAUUGAGAGAAAGAAUAGUUUGGAUGGAUCAUUUUGAGGUCUUGAAAUCAGGUGGUGACCCAAUCAAAAGAAGAGGUAAAGAGAAUAAUAAGGCAUUCUCCAUAGAUGAUUUGAGGGCAUUUUCCGAUAAAGGUGAAGGUAUUUUAGGAGAAGAAGAUUUAGAUGAUUACAGAGAAGUUUUAAAAAUGAUAACUAAGAGUAAAAUCUUCAAUGAACAAGUUUCAGAGUUCCUUUCAUAUAACACAAUUAGUGAUAUAUCUUUGGAUGAACUUCAGAGAAUACUGACAGAAUAUGAAACUGAAUCAAUAUUCCUUGAUUCUACUAACCAUGAACACUUGAUGAAGAUUAGAGAAAAUCUCAAUUUAAUUGAAAAAUACUUGGAAGUUAAAUCAGAUAUUGUUGCAGAAAAAAGAAAAUCGUACAAAUCUUCUGAAAUUAAUCUUCUUCUAACAACCCUCUUAGAGUCUGGACUCAACUUUGAAGUCGAAUUAAUCAAGGCUCAGUUGAAUAAAACAGAAACUUGGACUGAAGGUAUUUUGAAUCGAUUUAAAAUUGGGAAUAGUUUCCGCUCCACAAUCCAAAAAGGUAAGGAUACGUCUAACACAACGAAGCCGAAUAUAAGUAUCUUGGUAGAGGCUUUUGAAGUAAAAAAUGAUUUUAACUUUUCCUUUGAAGACGAUAAGUAUCAACAUAGCUCUUCGUACAAUACAUUGAGGGAAGAAGAAGGCGAUAUUUCAACUGAUGAAACUAAUGGGGAAGAUCUUCCUCCAAUUUACUGUGUAUGUAGAGAACCUGAAGCUGGCACAAUGAUUGGAUGUGAUAUUUGCAAAGAAUGGUAUCAUAUACAAUGUAUUCAGGAAUCUGAGAAGGCAGAUCUUGAAGAUUCUGACUAUUAUGCUUGUCCAUUUUGUGAACUCACUAAUAAUCUGGAAUUAGAGGAGGAUGAUAAUAUCAAAAGUAAAAUUAAAUUAUCAGAACUUCAUACAAUGGUGAAGACGGGAGAAAACAUGUUAGUAUUACCUGGCGAUUUAAAUAAAAUAAGAGAAUUCACAAAGAAAUGUGAAAAUGCUUCUCUUAACUUCACGGAAUACUUAGAAGGUAUUGAAAAGGGUGAUGGAAAAGGUUCUUCCAUAAUGCAUAAAAUUGAUAAAGUACGGUUUAUAUUAAGGAAGGCAUACGGAGCUAGUAUCAAUUUAGAUGAAUUUUUCAUUAAGGCUUUACAUAUUCUCAGAGAUUUAGUCAAAGAAGAGCAAUUGGAAGCUAAGAACUUGUUUGAUUCUAAGGAGUCGUCUAAAACUCAACCACUUGAACAGCAUUCAAAUGGUAAUGUGGAUGAUGUGGAUGAGAAGAUUAAAGAUGACCAACUUGAUGCAGUCGCCCCUCAAAGUAUAGACGAAGAUGCAAAAGUGCAGGCGAUUAAUACUGGUUCUGAGUCGGAAAACCUAGGAAAAAUUUCUCCUCAGAGAGACUCCCCAAUGAAAGAAGAAUCUCCUUUGGAAGAAGAAUCUCAAUUAAAACCAAGAUCUUUAUUGAAAAAUGUAUCUUCAAUUGAAGAAGAAUCUGCGGCACCACAGACUAUUGUUGAAUCUGCAAAUAUUUCAUUUAAGCCAGAUGACAAGAGAGAGUAUAAUGAUGAGACGUUGCGUGAAAAAGCUAGUCGAUCACCUGCAUCAGCUGUGAAUGGUCAAGUUGUAGUCCCAGAAUACAACAGUGAAGUCGAAAGCACUACAUAUGAAGAUAAUCCGAAAAAAGAAAAUCAAUUGCAUUCUGAAAAGUCAGAGCCCGAUGUACAACAUUUUACAAGCAUAGUUUCUGCACCAGAAACAGAAAAAUAA